GUGAUCGCGGCCGUCUACUCCAAUCCGGGAGGAAAAACCCCCGGAGGUGGUCGUCGAACAGUUGGAGAAGGCGGCGGAGAGGCAGCAGCGGGCAGGGCGGUUUUGAAUCAUGAGUGACCUAGGUUUUCUGUGAUGCCACUAGGAGCUUUUUUCAUUGUGGAAUGGACUGACAACAGAGUCUUGGAGAUUGGACAGCAGACUUAAGAAAACUCUGGAGCAGUGAUCCCUACUUUCUUUUUAUUGGACAAAAAUACUCCAAAAGAAAUAUCUCUUUAGUACCACCUGCAAUUCCCGCCCUCCAAUUUCUGCCACUUUGAAUGAAGACAAGACAGUAUUGGCAUAUCUUUCUGAUUUAAAACAUAUCACCUUCUGAGACAGAUGGUCUGUCGAAUGCUGUAGGAUGCCUGCAGAGAACAUCAUAAUGAAGAAGAAAAUGGAUAGUUGUGCCACUGCCUAAUUGUCAGGAUCACAGCCGAUAAAGCUGCACUGCCCUUUCCCUGCUGCCAUAAUAGGGUCAUGAACAGCAGGGUGGACAUGGCUGGCCUUGUUAACAACUUGCUAAUAUUGUUCCUUAUUUUUCAAAACAGCUGUUGGGCUUUCAGAAGCCCUCUUUCUGUCUUUAAGAGGUAUAAAGAUGCUACUAGAUCUAAUUCCAAUGAAUGUCUUGGUAGCACCAGGCAGCUGGUUCCACUAGGUUUAUCAGAAUUUGCACUGGAUAUUCGUAUGCCUGGAGUGACUCCUAAAGAGUCUGAUACUUACCUUUGCAUGUCGCUGCGUUUGCCAGUGGAAGAGGAAGCUUACGUAGUUGACUUUAAACCUCAUGCCAGCAUGGACACUGUCCACCAUAUGUUACUAUUUGGAUGUAACAAUCCUGCUUCAGAUAACGGUUACUGGAAUUGCGAUGGAGAAACAUGUAUGGACACAAGUGAUAUCUUAUAUGCUUGGGCAAGAAAUGCACCACCAACAAGAUUACCAAAAGGUGUUGGGUUUAAAGUUGGAGGAGAAACGGGGAGCAAAUAUUUUGUUCUCCAAGUCCAUUAUGGGGAUGUUGGUGCAUUCAAAGAUAAACACAAAGACUGUUCUGGAGUGACUUUACAUCUGACUAAUCAAAAACAGCCUCUGAUUGCUGGCAUGUAUCUUAUGAUGUCCAUGGAUACUGUUAUACCGCCUGGAGAAAAAGUGGUGAAUGCAGAUAUUGCGUGCCAUUACAAAAUGUAUCCAAUGCAUCCAUUUGCUUAUAGAGUGCACACCCAUCACUUAGGAAAAGUAGUAAGUGGGUAUCGAGUUAGAGAUGGUCAAUGGACACCGAUUGGCCACCAAAGUCCUCAACUGCCACAGGCAUUUUAUCCUGUGGAAAAUCCUGUAGAAGUCAAGUAUGGUGAUAUUCUGGCCGCAAGAUGCGUCUUUACUGGUGAAGGCAGAUCCUCAGAAACUUAUAUAGGGGGCACAGCCAGGGAUGAAAUGUGCAAUUUCUACAUUAUGUAUUACAUGGAAGCCAAAUAUGCAGUUUCAUCCAUGACCUGUACACAGAACAUUAAGCCAGAGAUAUUCAAAAGCAUACCUCAAGAAGCAAAUAUUCCUAUUCCAGUCAAGCCUGAUAUGAUUAUGAUGGCCCAUGGACAUAAUGAAGAAAUCAAAAAUGAAAACAUGGGUACUGUAAUACAACAGCCAAAAAGAGAAGAGGAGGAGGUUUUAGAUCAAGGUAUAUAUUAUACUUAUCCCUUUAAAUGCCUUGGACAGUCUUUAGGGAAGCUUUCUGAGAUAAACAACGUCUAUUCCAGAAUUUUGCAUCCUGGACAAUCUCCAGAUAUGUAUCAGCUCCUAGAAUUCUCAGUUAUGACCAUGAUUGCUGGAAAUACUGUUCUACAU